UCACCUGUCACCUCAGAUUAUGUGUGAUUAUGUCUUUGAUUCUGUCAGUGAGGACUUUCAACGUUUUUUUUUUAAAUUUCCAUUCCGACUUCACUUCCAUUGGUUAUUCAAGCAAACGGAAAUUCCACGUUUUAUAAAAAUGAGUGAAACAAUUAAAAUCCCAGAUACCCCCGAACGAGAGCAGAGGCACUCUGAAUCAGAUGAUACAGAACAUGAAGUGCAAUUUACACCCAUUGUAUCGCUACCAGAAGUGCACGUUUCAACAAAUGAGGAAGAUGAAGUUGAAUUCUUGAAGCUACGUGCAAAGCUGUAUAGGUUCGACAGCAGAAGUGAUACCCCCGAAUGGAAGGAAAGAGGCACUGGUGUAUUGAAGAUUCUCCGCCACAAAGAGAAGAGCUCAUUCAGGGUUGUAAUGCGUCGUGACAAGACCCUGAAAGUGUGCGCCAACCAUUUUAUUACACCUUGGAUGAAUCUGAAAGACAGCGUUACUAAUGAAAAGGCAUUCAUUUACACUGUGAUGGCUGAUUUUGCCGACGAGGAAGCUAAAUCCGAAUGUUUAGCAGUCAAAUUUGCAACCCAUGAUAAUGCAGCUCUAUUUAAAAGUAAAUUUGGAGAUGCUCAAGAAAUAUUGAAGACUGAUUGUGAUUUGUAUAACGGAAAAGUGGAAGAGGAGAUUCAAAAGGAGAUUGAGAAAAUUUUGGAAGCAUCCGAAGAGAAUGAAGACGAAGACGAUACUAAGGAGAUCUCAGAGAAAUUGUCGCAGUUGGACGUGGACAAGAAAAAAAUAGAGAGUGAUGUGAAAGUCGUUGACCAGUAGAUCUGUUCGAAUUUAACAUCAUUUUAGAAUAAGAUAUGCGGUGUGAAAGGUGUUUGAUAGUUUGCUGAUCUAUUUUAUAUGCAUUCCUAACGAUAUAUUUUUGUAAAAAAGCUGUUUAAUGUAUUAUCUACUCAUUUUAAUAAAUCUCGUAUCAGCAUCAA